UUUUUGGAAGACUGCGUUGGCCUUCGUGUUUUCAGGUUCUCUAGAUUCAGAUACAACCUUCGAAGCUCAGGAUCUAAAAGCUCGCCUAAUAUUGAGUUUAAUCUUAUAUGUUUUUCUCAAAUUUUUGAAUAGUUUCUUCAUUUCUGAAUUGGGAAGCUCGAUUUUCUCCCUUUUUUUUUUUUCUGUUUUUUUGUGAAAGAUUUCAUGAAGAAUGAUUUAGCGUGGAUUGUGAUUGAAGGAUCUUCGAUUCCCUCAUGGGUGGUGAAUCCGUCAUAAGUUUUUGGAAAUUGGAGUUUGUGGGUUUGUCUGAAGGGAGACAAAUCAUGUUAUGAACUAAAGAGGAAUUUGCCAUUGGGAAGAGCAGAGAAAGAUGGCGUGCAGAGGGUUCUGGGAGUGCUUAUUGAAGCUUCUGAACUUUUUGUUGACGCUUGCUGGGUUGGCCAUGGUGGGUUAUGGGAUUUACCUACUGAUUGAAUGGAAGAAAACUUCGAAUGAAUCGGGUUUAUUGUCGAACAGAGACUCUCAGGAACUUGUACAGCUCGGUCGUCCUCUGCUAAUGGCUGUCUCUCUAUCGACUAGUAUCCUUGAUAAAUUACCUAAAGCCUGGUUUAUAUACUUAUUCAUUGCUGUUGGAGUUAUUCUCUUCGUCAUAUCUUGUUUUGGUUGCAUUGGAGCAGUAACCAGGAACGGGUGCUGUCUGUCUUGUUAUUCUGUGUUGGUGAUCUUGUUGAUCUUAGCAGAGCUGGGGUGUGCUGCUUUUAUCUUUUUUGACAAGAGCUGGAAAGAUGCACUACCAACUGACAAAACUGGAGAUUUCGAUUCAAUCUAUAAUUUCCUUAAAGAGAACUGGAAAAUUGCAAAAUGGGUUGCUCUCGGAGCUGUUGUAUUGGAGGCUCUGGUGUUCUUGUUAGCUCUAAUCGUAAGGGCAGCAAACAGGCCGGAAGACUAUGAUAGUGAUGAUGAAUACAUUGGCCCUAGGUCUGGAGUCCGGCAACCAUUGAUAAACAGGCAAGGGGUUCCAACAACAGGAGUGCCUGUAGGUCCCACCCUUGAUUCUCGUUCAAAUAGGAAUGACGCCUGGAGCACACGGAUGAGGGAAAAGUAUGGACUUGAUACAUUGGAGUUCACAUACAACCCGAAUGAGUCAAAUAGGUAUCAACAAACUGCAGCUCCGCCAGCAGAGGAAAAGAGUCGGUGCACUAUAAUGUAAUUUAGUCAUUCUGGAGAUCCUAGAAUUCUAGGAAGCUGGUUCUAUGAAAAAAAGAUUUUACUGGACAAUGAUGUAUGGAACUUGAAUUUGUCAACUUGUGACAUUUUUCCUUUUUUUCUGGCUUGUGUUGUAUAAAACAGUUUUUAGGAUCUGUGUUUUGUCCUAUGAGAUCUUUCAGAUAAAAAUUUAUCAUUAGCUCUA